AUGAACAUGGAAGAUCCUUCCAAAGCCGAGACGGCACAGGUUUUCAAAGUUUUGACGGCGCAGAAGGGGAACAAGAUGUGUUUCGACUGCCAAGCCCGCAAUCCGACUUGGGCUAGCGUCACAUUUGCAGUAUAUAUCUGUCUUGACUGCUCGAGUAUGCAUCGUAACAUGGGGGUACACAUCAGCUUUGUCCGAUCAACCAACCUUGACAGCUGGCAACUUAAUCAGUUGCGGAAUAUGAAAGUUGGUGGCAAUGCAUCUGCUAAGGAUUUCUUCACAAGACAUGGUGGUUCGAUGAUUCUCCAAGAUGCAGACCCGAAGAAGAAAUACACCAGCCGAAUUGCAGAGCUGUACAAGGAAGAGCUUGCGAAACGAGUGAAAGAGGAUGUUACCAAAUUUCCCACCCGGAUAGUGGUCGACGGAGUCACCGAUGCCUCUACGUCAUCUACUCCCUCAGCUGAGAACGACGACGAUUUCUUCGCUUCGUGGAACAAUCCCGCAACCCCACGGUCACCUGCAUUCUUCGCGUCCAAGCCGGCUCCGGUUUCGCUUGGCAGGUCAUUGAGCGAGUCUGCUUCCGACAGCCCACCUCCCACACCCCGCACCAUCAGCUCAUCCUCUCUCCGCUCUGGCACUUCAUCCGUGCCAGGUUCCCGUCCCACGUCCAAGCUCGGCGCAUCCCGCCUUACCUCCUCUUCCACAAGCUCUGUUGCUACCAAUUCAGCCCCCGCGCCCAAGAGGUCGAAACUCGGUGGACUCGGAGCGAAGAAGGCCGUUGCCCCUCUCGACUUUGCAGAGGCUGAAAGGCGUGCAGCAGAGGAGGCUGAGCGUGUGCGGCAGUUAGGAUACGACCGUGAGCGAGAGAAGGCGGAAGAAGAGGAGCGGGAGAGGAAAACGGCAGAAGAGCUAAUCAAUACACCGCUUAGUGCGAAGGCUAAGACACCCGUGGUCUCUGCAGCACCUGUGGAACUUAAGCCUAAGGGCAAUGCGCACGACAUGGAGCGGUUAGGCAUGGGCAUGAAGAGGCUGGGCUUCGGCGCUAUUCCUGCUGCGUCUCCGAAGGCUGGUCCAUCUGUACAAGACGAUGCACCGACGACGGCGCGGGAGAAGUUCGGCAACCAGAAGGCGAUAUCGUCCGACAUGUAUUUUGGACGGAACGCGUACGAUCCGAACGCGAUCAGCGAGGCCCAAUCGCGACUGCAGUCUUUCCAGGGCGCGUCCUCUAUUUCUUCGAACCAGUACUUCGGACGCGAGGAGGAUGAGGAUCUCGGUGGUAUGGGGGGUGGCUCGGAUGGCCUGCUGGGUGACGGUUCGCUGCAGGGCUUCGAGAUGGCGGCGAAAGACGCGAUCUCACGCGUGCUGGCUAACCCAGACGUUCAGAACGCUGCUGAGAACAUCAGGAGUUCGGCUUUAAAGCUGUCUGAUUAUCUCGCGCAUAUGUCCGAGCGGUAG